AUGACCGCCGAGCAGAUCUUUAUCGACGCGCCUUUCCAGGACCAGGUCAUCGAACUGGCUACAUAUAUCGGCGUUCUCCGCGGUGACGAGACAGAGACCUUUGUCAAGGAGGUUACUUCCUUGGUCGAUUCCAAGAAGGAUGCUGAGGCUGUCAAUGUUAUUGUCAAGGAAAGCAAGACGCUUUUGGAGGCUCCCGAAAAGGAGUUCGAGUCUGCUUACAAUCUCCUCAUCGCAGUUGUUGUUCCUGAUGCGAACAAGGCCCAUCUGGAGACCGUCUUGAAGACACUUACUACAGAACCCGCACAAAAGACUCCUCUGAAGUUCAAAGUGUUGUCCAACAUCUUCAACAUUCUUCCCGCCAACUCUCCUCUCCGCCUCUCUGUCUUCACGUCGAUCGUAGAUUUGGCUGUAGCAAGCGAUGACAUGGAUUUGGUCCUCCCUCAGCUCCAGUAUGUUCCCUCCUGGAUCAGCGAGUGGGGCAUCGCACCCGAAGCUGAGCGCACCCUUUUGUUGACCUUGGCAGACCACUUGAAGACGUCCGGAAACCCAUACCAAUCUCAUGAUUUCCUGAUCAAGUACCUCACAACAUUCAACAGCCAAACCGCAGAGCUGGAUUCUCAGAAGUCCCAUGCCAAGAGGGCCAUUACUGAAUCGAUCGCUUUGUCCGAGGUUCUCAACUUCGAAAACUUGUUGAAGAUUGAUGCAGUCCAGCAUCUCAAGUCCGAGAAGGUAUACGAGCUCCUUUCAAUCUUUUUGAGCGGAAACGUCCAGGACUACAACGCAUUCAGCUCCAAGAACGCCGGUUUGCUCAAGCAGGAGCUCGGAUUGGAUGAGGAAGAGGCCCUGCGCAAGAUCCGUCUGCUUUCGCUCGCUUCGCUCGGAUCCGAGAAUCUGACGCGUGAAUUGAGUUAUCAGGAGAUUGCCAAGGCGUUGGAGGUGGAUGAGUCUGAGGUUGAGUUGUGGGUGAUCGAUGUUAUUCGUGCAGGAUUGGUCGAGGCAAAGCUUAACCAGGUCUCGAGAACUGUGACCAUUAACCGAUCUAUCUACAGGACCUUUGGCACACAGCAGUGGCAGCAGCUCAGCCAGAGGCUGAACGGAUGGAAGCAGUCCUUGGCAGAAAUCCUGCAGGUCAUCGCUAAUGCCAAACUCACCAGCGCUGCUGUCAGCACGGCUGUUAUCACCAACAAUUAGUUUUGUCCGCCCUUUUGUUUUACGCUCUCUCCCUUGUACCGACAAUAAAAUACGACUUCAACCCUGGAUAACCCUCACAAGCAACCAAUAUGAAAGACCGUGCACAUUUGUAAAGUACAUAGAUGGCCAUGCGGGCCAUCACGAAAGUGGCCUUCUUGUUUAUUGAAUUUGACCCAA